AUGUCUGAGAGUGGACAAGAAACAUCAAUGUCAGCUUGUCGCUGUGUUCAGUGCAUACAAAACUGGACUAAUCAAAGACUAUCAAAUGAUGCAUCAAAUGAAACGUGGGCUGCUCCUGACACCACAGAGUGUAUCUAUAACAUACAAUCGUUAUCUUUGGCCUCACCUGAUAUCACAGACCAAAAUCAGUCCCCAUCUGGACUGGUACCAUCCACAGCAGCAUCUUUUAAUGAUAAUGAAGAAAACAUAGAAAGAUGGAUGAAUUACAGGGGAGAGACUGACGGACAGGAAUCUGAUUCCUCCAAGAACGAAACAAACGAGACAAACGAUGAGCCUGAUUCCCCGACGGAAAUUUCCUCUGAGGACGAAAGAAUUGAAGCUCAGUAUGAACUCUGCCCUCUGAACGAUACGGACGGAUGUGAAGGUGACUGUCCAUAUUUACAUGGCGACAUCUGCCACUUGUGUCAUACUCACAGACUAGAUCCACUUGAUCCAGACGAGCACUACAAUGCAUGCAUAGAAAUACACAAGAAACAGAGUGAGGACAUGGAAUGCAACAUUUGUAUGGAAAAGGUGGUGGAGACACAGACGGGAAAUUUUUUCGGCAUUCAAGAAAAUUGCAACCAUUGUUUCUGUUCACAAUGUAUAGAGCUGUGGCAAAGGAACGAGGGCAUGGCCAAUAAUAGAGCUUGUCCAGUCUGUCGAACUCCUUCAGGCCUUGUAUUUGACUUUAAAUAUUGGAUCACAUGUCCAAUAUCAAAGAUGAAGCUGAUCGAAUGUAAGAAACUGAAUGUCGAGGAGUUUUGA